AAUUCACGUCAACAAAGUUGAUAAACUCACGAGCAGUCAGGCCAAUAUGCAACCAGGAAAAGAUAUCACCGGAUUAAUAGAGAAGAGUGACCAGUCCCUAAAUGUCCUUUCAAUACCACAUUCUACACGCCAUCUAACCUUGGAAUGUAGUAAAUCUGCCGCUCGCUCGCUCUCCUCCAGAUAUAUGGAGGAGCUUGAUAUCCGAACAGAUUAUCAUAAUGAUGAUGAGCUAAGAGAACUAUCGACAUGGAACUAG